AUCUAUUGAGGUCUCCCGUCUCAAAGGGAACAAAGAAACACUCAAUAUUCACAUAUAUUUGAAUCCCUAAUUUCUUUAGUUUCCCUUUGAUUCCUCCUUUGGAUGGCCGGCCAAACAGUCAUUGUUUCCGGGUUAAACCCGGCGGCCAUUCUCGGCGGAACUCCACCGUCAGUGGCGGAGAACGGCACCGGAAAAAUUGUCCCUAUGUCAAAAGAGGCCCUCCAAGAUUUCAUGGUUUCAAUCAUAACCCAAAAAUUACAAGAAGAAAAACAACCUUUUUACGUGUUAGAUUUGGGUGAAGUUGUUUCCCUUAUGGAGCAAUGGAAUUCCGCUUUACCAAAUAUCCGUCCAUUUUAUGCUGUCAAGUGUAACCCUGAACCUUCUUUCCUCUCCAUGUUGUCUGCUUUGGGCUCGAACUUUGAUUGUGCUAGCCGCGCUGAAAUUGAGUACGUGUUAUCCCUCGGUAUUUCACCGGACCGGAUCGUUUUCGCUAACCCGUGUAAACCCGAAUCCGAUAUCAUUUUCGCAGCGAAAGUUGGCGUCAAUCUCACGACUUAUGAUUCUGAAGACGAGAUUUAUAAGAUCCGAAAGCAUCACCCGAAAUCCGAGCUUUUGCUCCGUAUUAAACCCAUGGACGACGGCAACGCUCGUUGUCCAAUGGGCCCGAAAUACGGAGCAUUGCCCGAAGAAGUCGAGCCGUUGCUCCGGGCCGCCCACGCGGCCCGGCUCACCGUCUCUGGCGUCUCUUUCCAUAUUGGAAGCGGAGAUGCCGAUUCAAACGCCUAUUUAGGCGCCAUAGCCGCUGCCAAGAAAGUUUUCGCAACGGCCGCUGAAUUUGGUAUGUCGAAAAUGACGGUUUUAGACAUUGGCGGCGGUUUUACAUCUGGUCACCAAUUCACAACCGCAGCAACCGCUGUCAGAUCGGCUUUAUCUCAGCACUUUAAUGAAGAACCAGAGUUAACAAUUAUUGCUGAACCGGGCCGGUUUUUCGCGGAAACGGCUUUCACUUUAGCGACGACUAUUAUUGGAAAAAGAGUGAGGAGAGAACUAAGAGAAUAUUGGAUUAACGACGGGUUGUACGGUUCAAUGAACUGUGUACUUUACGACCACGCAACGGUAACGGCAACUCCAUUAGCGUGCAUGUCGAAUCGUAACAACCCUAACUGUGGCGGGUCUAAAACGUUUCCGUCAACUGUGUUUGGUCCCACAUGUGAUGCACUUGAUACUGUGUUAAGGGAUUACCAGUUACCGGAACUGCAGGUUAAUGAUUGGUUGGUUUUUCCUAAUAUGGGUGCUUAUACUAAGGCUGCUGGGUCUAAUUUCAAUGGAUUUAAUACAUCUGCAAUUGCUACUCACCUUGCUUAUGCUUAUCCAAGCUGAUGUUUUCAACCACCAAUUAGGAAAUAAUUAGCAAUUGGGGUUGUAAUCUUUUUAUGUUCUGGUUUUUUUUAAUUUUGUUGUAUUUGGUUAAUUUAUUCCCCAAUCAGCUUGUAGUACUCUUGUGUCUUAUAAGAAAAGCAAGGAUUUGCCAAUAAGAUUGUAAUUAACAA